AUGGCCAUCCCCUGCACUAGAGAUAGCUCACCACUGGACAUGACAGGAGGAGAAGAAUUGGAGGCUUCGCGGUUUCCACCACCUCAGCCCACGACUCCACCGACGGCGCCUCCGCCGCUCGCGCCGCCGCCACGGGCGCUCCUGCCGCCCCUGCCGCUGCCGGUCCGGUCUCCUGCACGCGGCGAGCACCUCUCGCGUCCGCCAUGGCCCCACCUCCGGCAGCUGCCGCUGUCGCCGCCGUCACUGCCGCAGUGUUCCUCAGCAGUGUCAGAACCGAUGGAUGCUGAGGCUGCCACCACGCCGCCGCCGUCGAUAUCGCCCAUGGAGAUUGUUGCUCCACCUCCCCAUCCGACCACACCCAGAUACAGUGGGUAG